UAGUUGGCAACCGAAACAGACCAGGGGAAGAGGUAGCGGAGACGCCACCCUGCGUGACAAAUAUUCCGAAAAGCCAGGGUACACGCGUCAUCUCGGGUACAAGAAGUUCGGGUUCGCAGACAUCAAUUAUCGCAAUCAGUCAAAAAUCUAACUCCAGCAGCCUAGGCUCUCAGUUGUUAUCAGGCAUAUCAGGAAGUCCCAGUCUUGCCGGUAACAUCACUGUUCGUCACGUAAGUUCCGUACCAGAGACGGUUCUUUCACAUCAGUCGCAGAACGCUGGUCAAUCACCCGAACAAAGUCUAAACCCCAACCAAUACCCUCGAAACGGAAGGCCUCGGCAUCCGUGGCUAUCGAAGCCGUGGCAAUGGAUGCCGGCAGGGGAGACAGAGAGACUCCGUCUCUGGCGGAGACCAUGGAGAAGUAUAGCCAAUAUGAGGGUUCGACGCCACUGGAAAAGAUUCGAAAUGCACAUGCCCAAAUACGUGCGAAAACCAAUCCUGGAACUCCUUUGAACGCUGAUGCUAGCGUCACUCCGUCCUCGGCUGGAGAUAUUGAACCAUCGCCCUCGCUGCUCAUACCCGAAGUUACGGCACCUCUUAGCGUUAGGGUCGACAGAGAAGAUGCUCCACACACAGCUCACGCGGAGGGAGAACUAAGUGCUCCCGACCCGCUGGUGCGACCCACGGAAAUGGGUCCUCCUCAACAACCUAUUUUGCAGACAAUCCAACCCAGCGCCUUGACGGUCAGCCAUCAAGAGCAAGCAAUUCCAGGCUCUGUCCAGCUUGGGCCAUCAGAAUUUGCCGUGCCCCUCCCGAUGGAUUCAAGGGUCAAAGAUGAUUAUGAACAGAUAUUGAAAGACGAAGCUCAAAGCAUCGACGAGUUCCUUAAGACGUUCGCGCUCCAGGCCGAAACGUCUAGGAUAGAGCAAGGGCGUUUGAUUCCCAGAAUGGAUAGCUUACUUGAGCGUUUGAGCAAUGCUUCAACCCAUCCUGAUCUGAACAUUACCGAGCAUAUUAAAGACUCCGAUUCGGACCUAGCGAAAGAGGCUGCGUGGGCUGAAUACUCAAGCGCGAAGUUCUUACUCCUGGGAUACCUGAUCAACAAUGCUAGUAGCCGUGAUCUGCACUUGGUCAUCAUGGUGCACGGAGCGAAGACCCAGAAGGUACUUGAGCGCUUCCUUAUGGGGAAGGGCCUUUCGUACACCAGGCCUCGCCACGAGAUGGGAAUCGGGACGAAUUUGGAAGUCUCCAUGGUGAAAGAAUCCCUGAGUUUCGGGAUCCAGUCAACAAUCGACGAUGGUAUUAUGGAGACUUAUAAACCCCCGGCUGCAAUCGUCGCACUUGACGGUUCCUUCAACGCAAAAAGUCCCUCGGUCGAACACAUGCGAACAACCUAUGCUCGACAUGGGAACCUCCUCCCCGUGAUUCGACUGCUUGUCUCAAACUCCAGCGAGCAUGUUCAGUUAUGUUUCGCCAACUACCCAGAACCUCAGCGUCUACGCUUGGUGGUUGAAUACACCUCACGUCUUAGAGACGUGGUAGGCGAUCUCCAGGAUGAUGCCCUAGGCGUCUACGAAGAUUCCGAGGAAAUCAUAUCGAGUCUUCAUUCGGACAAUUUCAAUGCUCACUGGUCCUUACCUUCUAUCGAGCCACUCCACAUCGUAAACUCUGAUGAGCUCAACUCCGCGCUAAGUCCUUACCAGAACCACCCCGGAACCGCGCUUUUGCCUACCCCGCAGAUUCCAAAGCGUUUAUUCGUUAGUCACUCUCCAUCAUCUUCCUAUUGUGAAUUGACCGGUUAACGUUCUCUCAGCAGGUGGAAGAUGCUACUGAACAGACACCUAAAAGGCCGAGGAUGGAAGAGUCUCAAGAAGCAAGUCAAUUUACGGAAG